AUGAGAUUAGGGUUUGUUUUAUCAAGGGACUUUCUCAUAGAGCCUUAUAUUGUGCGUCAGGAAGUAUCAUCUCCAAGGGAGUUUCUUAAGGAUUUUAGCCUCACAUUUUCAAGUGGACAUUUAUCACUUUCAGUAUCAUUCAAAUACCGUUCAAAAUCAAUCCAAAUACAAUCCAAACAUAAUCCAUCUACAUUGCAUCAUUUGAAGGAAAUAGCGUCCAUCAUUGAAACCGCUUCGAACUCCAAGGAAGUUCGCAGAAUUUCUCGUGAUGUGCGCCUUACAAUUGCUUUGAGGUCCAGACUCACAGCUCCGGUUCUCUCAUCCUUCAUCGAUCACAUUCUUCCUACAGCUUCUGACUCUCACUCUAGGCUAUAUUCUUACCUUCCUAAUCCCAAGGAUGAUGAUCAUGAGAUGGAAGUGGAUUCUACAACAUCUGCAACUAUUCAAACCCCAGCCAAACACUUGUUGCUUGAACUAGAAAUCUACUGUUAUUUCCUUGUGCUUCUUUUUCUUAUUGAUCAGAAACGAUAUCAAGAGGCCAAAGCUUGUUCCUCGGCUAGCAUUGAUCGGCUCAAGAACUUGAAUAGAAGAAUUGUAGAUGUUAUAGCCUCAAGACUGUACUUUUAUUACUCGUAUAGCUAUGAACUUACUAAAGAUCUUGCUGAAAUUCGUGGAAACCUCUUUCAAGCUAUCGAUCAACCCUGCGCAUGA